AUGGCAGAAUCAGUAGCUAAGGGUCUGGAGCCACCGAAGCCACAGUCAAUAACUCCACUCACAACACCAUCACCAUCACCCACUCGUCUUGCAAUCUCUCUUCAACAACCUUCACAUGGGAGGAAAGCAUCUAAAUCAGGAAAGCUUUACAAGCAAGUUCGUUCCCUCUUCAGGGCAUUCCCUAUCAUCCACCCAUGUAUGAUGAUGCCUCUUCCUCUACAUAGCAACAAGCCCCAAGAUGGCCUUAUACAUGGAGGAACUAGAUUGACAUGUACCCUAUAUGGCUGCCGCAAGGCAAGGACUAACCUUGCCAUUCAAGAAAACCCAAGGUGUCUUCCCAUGCUAAUACUUGAGCUAGGAGUCCCAACUGGUAAGCUGCUUCAAGAGAUGGGGUCAGGCCUUAUGAGAAUCGCACUCGAGUGCGACAAGCAAGCGGUGGAGAAGACAAAGCUCAUUGAAGAAUCUCUGUGGAUCAUGUACUGCAAUGGCCGCAAGGUUGGGUAUGGUGUGAAGAAGAAGCCAACCGAGGAAGACUUGAAUGUUAUGCAGCUGCUCCAUGCUGUUUCAAUGGGUGCAGGUGUGCUACCUGCUGUGAAAAAAGAAAUGCCUGAUGGGGAGCUGACCUAUAUGAGAGCUUACUUUGAACGAGUGAUAGGGUCUAAAGACUCUGAGACUUUCUACAUGAUGAACCCAGAUGGUAAUAGUGGAUCUGAACUCAGCAUAUUUUUUGUGAGGCUUUGA